ACCAGCUACUGCAGAUGUACUCCGUACUCCGUACCUCUCCUACCGACUCUACUACGGACUAUCUCUCCCCUUCUCCCUCUUCUGCCCUUGGAUUCGCUGACCACCAAAGCCACCCCAACCUGCCUGCGCCAUCGUCGCUAGAUCUCUUCGACCUCACCUCUAUCUCAACUACCUUGAAUCUCGCUGUGUCAAUCCCAUCCAACCCUCAGUGAUUCACUUCACCGACUUCCGUUGGUCACAAUGAACCUCUGAUUGUGGUGCUACUCCUGCCCGCCUUCCCGCAGCCCACCUGCGGGCGCAAAAUUGACACCACUCUACCACCCGUGCGAGACCAUGCCCCAAGAAUCCGACCAGAACGUCAUUUGGUCACAGGAAAUGCAAGAUGAUCAUAUUGGAGUCGGUGUCGGCGUCUCCGACGACGAUUUCACAAAGUUCCUCGACCUCGACAAUGACUUUGCCCAGUUCGCCGCCGUGGGACAACACCCCUCUGGCCUAGACACUCCCAUGGGCCGUCUGGGCUUUGGAAACCCCGAAACCAACAUCAACUUUGCCUCUCAAGAUCAGGUUGACUUGUCCAUGGGGUCGGGCAACAAUGCCGUUGCUUUCCAACAUGGCAUGCAGCCAUCCCAUGCCUAUCCGCACUAUCAACAGCACUUUCAACAGAUGCAGAUGCAGCCUCACUACCAUGUUCCCCCAACUCCAGUGAGCGCUGAGAUGCACGCGGCCAAAUACACGCAGCACAUGGGCAACAAUGGCCAGAUCCUCUUUGACCACCAACAGGUCUCCUUCACCCCUCUAGUCUCUCCGGCACAGACGCCCAUGGACGGGGGCUUUGCCAUGUCUGACUAUGGUCUUACCGACGACUUCUUCAGUCCGCUGACCUCACCUGCCAUCGAAGCUCAGAAUGCGUACAACAGCACCACUGCCUCUCCCAUCGACCUCAACAUCGACAUUGCAAAUCCCAAGUCGUCGACCUCUGCUCCUAAUCGUGCUCGAAGACGACUCAGCAAUAAUGCCCGUCCCGCAUCUCGCAGUGUCAGGCAGUCGCCCGCCGUCAAACCCCAGAUUCGCCGCAGGGUUCCGUCAUCGAAUUCUCUCGCGCUCGAAAAGGCGCCAGCCACGCCCACUCACCCAAAUAAAAAGAGCUCCGAUGUGCAGUUUUCGUCCGCCCCCAAUAGUGCCAUCUUCCAAACGAGUGAUGAUUCUGUCUCGCCAGAGGCUCUGUCCGACACCGCCAUGAGACCCCCUCCAAUUCCUCUCUCUUCUCGAUCCCCGCAGCCACCUCCCAUGGCGCAAAAAGACGCUGCCGGCAACCCUGUUACCCCGGCCACCUUGAUGAGAAUGCCAGCCGACCAGAACGAUUCGUCGAAUCAAUUGACACACCAUGCACCUGCCGCCACGGCAGAUGAACUCAUGGAGGAUAUCAUGUUGCCUGCCGCCGUUUCCGGUGUCAAGCCCCCUUUAUUACCCACCCUUGACACGAGCAACAUCGAUGAUGGUGAGAGCACGCCGAUCAUGGCCGCCAAAACGGCCAAAACCAGCGCGGGAAGCACGCCACGCGGCCUCCUCGGCAAAAUGACUGGGCAAGACCAAUUUGCCAAACCAAGCAAAAUUGAAGGCCGAGGUGGACGCGCUGGCAAGAAGAGGCAAAGCACCUCCUCCGCCGCCAUUUCACCGGCCUUGCGACCCAAGAUAUCUCCCAGUAUCUCACCAUUAGUCCCUGCUACGGGAGCGGGAGUUCCGCAUAUCUCGGCCGAUGCGAGUGCGCUGUAUCUGGCAUCCAAAUCCAACUAUCAGAAUAUUCUAGAAGGCACCCAUUUGCCCGGAGUUUCUUAUCCCGAGACCUUGGCCGAGAACCUGACUUCCAAACGGACAUCGCACAAAAUUGCCGAGCAAGGACGACGAAAUCGAAUCAACUUGGCUUUGAAGGAGAUUGAGUCUCUGUUGCCGCCGUCCAUCUCAGGGGCGAAUGUCAAAAAGGAAAAGGCCAGCCCGGUCGAAGGCGAAGAUGUUGAGGGGAAAGCGUCAGCGGCUGCCCAAGGUGCCAGCAAGGCCAGCACGGUGGAGAUGGCCAUCACCUACAUCAAGAGCCUCCAGAGCGAGUUGGCCGAAACCAAGGAGAAACUGGAAGCUGCGGAAAAGCGUCUUGCUGACGGAACGAGCAGUGCUGGAAGCCAGGCCUCGGAAGGAUAACCAGCAAUGCACACAGCCUAUGGACGACGAGCGCCUGCAACAAUGACGCUUGAUCAACAUUAGUCAUGAGCAACGUUUUAAAUGCGGGGCUGGCACUACAGCACAGUGGCUAUUGUUGGCCGGGCGUUCGGGUUGGGAUUCUUGAAACCGCGUGGCAAUCGUGCAUUGCGAAACAGCGCCUUGUUAUGGGCAUACCUGCACAUUGUAGAAAGAUGGUUUCACCACACAACCACCAAUAUUGUCCCUCAGCAGACAGACGCCUUGCAUCCGGCUCUUGUCCUGGGCGAGGUAAAUAAUGUGGCCGGCACUUAUACUCAGAUGUGAGGAGGUCGGUCUGUAUAGAAAUGCCAGAAUCAGAAUAGACUUGAAGUAUCACUUGUAUCUCUU